UCCACUUGCCUUCGGUGCCCGGCCCUCCGGCCGCCCUCCUGCCCCCUCCCCUCCGUCCCGCCCCGUCCAGCCGGGGCUGCCCGGCCCCCGCAGGCCCCCAGCCGCCCGCGUUCCUAUGGACAGACGCACAGACACCUGCAGGAAAGACACUGCUGAUCCUGUAACAUGGAGGAUUGUCUUCAUACCUCAUCUGAGAAUCUGUCCAAAUUGGUCAGCUGGGCCCAUAGCCAUGGGACCAUUUGCAGCCUCAUUCCAAACCUAAAACACUUGCUUUCUGAAGGUUCCCAUGGGAACCUGACCGCAAUGUGGGGCUGUAGUGCUGGCCAUGCUUAUCAUUGGCCACUAACAGCUACUUGUAGAGCUGGGUCCCAAGAAAGGGUCUGUUUCCAGGACAACAGAAGUUUUAACUCUGAUAGUCCCAGUAUAAUUGGGGUGCCUUCUGAGACACAAACUAGCCCUGUUGAAAGGUACCCUGGGAGACCAGUGAAAGCAAAGCUAGACUGUAACCGGACCAGAGACUCUUGUGACUUCUCUUAUUGCAGUGAGCCCUCUGAACUGGAUGAAGCUGUUGAAGAGUAUGAGGAUGAAAACACCCUGUUUGAUAUGGUUUGUGAGUCUUCUGUUACAGAUGAGGAUAGUGACUUUGAACCCCAAACCCAAAGACCUCAAARCAUUGCUCGCAAAAGGCCAGGAAUAGUUCCGUCUUCCCUCCAUUCAAGUUCCCAGACACAGAUGGUUGAUGAAUGCAGCAAUGACGUCAUCAUCAAGAAAAUCAAACAAGAAAUUCCAGAAGAUUAUUACAUUGUGGCAAAUGCAGAGCUGACUGGAGGGGUAGAUGGACCAGCCCUGUCCUUGACUCAGAUGGCAAAACCCAAGUCUCAGACUCAUGCUGGUCCCUCCUGUGUGGGGUCUGCUAAGUUGAUUUCCCAUGUAACAUCUGCCAUCAACACGGAGCUAGACCCACAUGGUAUGUCUGCAUCUCCUUCUGUGAUCUCCAGACCAGUUGUCCCAAAGACUGCUAGGGUAUCUCUGGCGUCACCAAACAGAGGACCCACUGGUACCCAUGGCACCAACCAGCAGGUGGCCAUGCAGAUGCCUGUGAGCACAUCCCAUCCUAACAAACAGAUCAGUAUCCCUUUGUCUGCCCUGCAGCUGCCUGGACAGGAUGAUCAAGUUGCUUCUGAAGAAUUCCUGUCUCAUCUGCCCAGCCAGGUCUCAUCCUGUGAGGUAGCCCUCUCUCCCUCAGUUAACCCAGAGCCAGAAGUGAGCUCCAGUCAGCAGCAGCCUCCAGUUGCUCCAACUAUAACCACUGAGGCCACAGCGCAGUGCAUACCAGCUUAUUCUACUAAGCUCAACAAAUUUCCUGUAUUUAAUAUUAAUGAUGACUUGAAUGAUCUGUGUACCAGUGCAGUAAGCCCAAACACUACCAAAGCCACGCGGUACGCCCUGAAUGUGUGGCGAUAUUGGUGCAUGACCAACGGGCUCAAAGAUCAUACGGAUAUCACCAAGAUCCCUGCAGUGAAGUUGAAUGAGCUGCUGGAGAACUUUUAUGUCACUGUCAAGAAAAGUGACGGCUCAGACUUCCUGGCUACCUCACUCCAUGCCAUUCGCCGGGGCCUGGACCGCAUCCUGAAGAAUGCAGGUGUGGGCUUUUCCAUCACCAGCAGCACCUUCAGCUCUUCUACCAAGAAGCUCAAGGAGAAGCUGUGGGUGCUGAGUAAGGCGGGGAUGUCGGGCGCCCGCUCUCGAAAUAUCGUCUACUUCUCCCUUUCUGAUGAGGAGGAGAUGUGGCAGGCAGGGUGUCUGGGGGACGACAGCCCCAUCACUCUUCUGUCCACUGUGGUCAAGUACAACAGCCAGUACCUGAACAUGCGGACGCUGCAGGAGCAUGCAGAUCUGAUGUACGGUGACAUAGAGCUGCUCAAAGACCCACAAAACCAGCCCUACUUUGCCCGGACAGACAGUGUCAAGCGGGAGAGUCGGAGUGGAUCCACUAGAGUGUGUCAUGGGAAGAUCUACCAUGAGCAUUCCAGAGGACACAAGCAGUGCCCUUACUGCCUCCUCUACAAGUACAUGUACAUCCACCGGCCGCCCACCCAAAUGGAGGCCAAGUCCCCCUUCUACCUUACUGCCAGGAAGGAAGCCACAGACAUGGGCAAUGUGUGGUAUGAGGAGCAGAGGAUGGGACUGCGUUCUCUUCGAGGAAUUGUCCCAAACUUAGCCAAGAAAGUCAAGCUGGAAAACUGUGAGAACUUCACCUUCGUCUCAUUUACUCAGGUCUCCAGGAAACUUGGCUCCCACAGCUGCUGCCAGUGAGCCUGGGUGCAGGCCACUGCCCUACUCCCCCUUGUAGGUGAGAGCUCCCCCAGGUGGCCAAGCCAGAGUCAGCAGCAACCCAGAGCUCUGAGGAGGCAGCUGCUGACCCUGUGUAACUCCAGGCUUAGACUAGUCUCCAUCAGUGUGGCCUGCUAGUCCUCUGACUUGGAGUUUGUUUUUUGAAUGAAAGUAGAUAAAUCUGAAUAAUUUGGAUGUGUUAUCCAAAUGUGUGUUACCUUUGUUAAAUUGUAAAACACAGUGUAUAAUUGCUAUAUAUGAGAAUGAGGAAAUUCAUAUUAUCUAGUGCCUUUUUAGCACAGGUUUUCUGGAAAAAAAGAGAAAAAGAAAAAAAAAGGAUACUGAUUAAAUAGUUAUUAAAAAAAAUCCCAGUAGCCCAGUAGCUUUAGAUUGUUAGGAAGACUAUACACUUUGUUGAAUUACACUCACAGUAAGGAAUUA